GGGACAUAGGCUGCGUUUGAAGCCCAAAAAAAAAAAAAAAAAAACGUAGGCUGCGUUUGGAAUCCGCUGGUAAUAAAAAGCAUACGGACACGCCUCGGUUCUUUCCCUUCAGUACCAUACGACGUCGGAUAGGGCGUCUCCAACAUCAUGCCAAACGAAGAUCGUUCACACACUCUCGCUCUUCUCACUGUCGCUCUCUUAAAACCCCUUUCGAUUUUCAGUCUGAAUCGGCGGAUCUACGAACGUUGAGAAGUUUCGUGAGGUUUUUCGCCGGAUCGAUGAAUGCAAGCCGACCUUCAGUCCACCCGGUGGAAGCGCCUCCUCCGGCAACCGACGCGGCGGCCGGAGAGAACCCUUUGCCUAGGGGGAGGAUGAAGGACAUUCAAGGCAUGCCCGGAACUCGUGGAGGCCUUGCCUUGAGACUCUCUCAGUUCGCCUUCGCUGUCGUCGCGCUCUGCAUCAUGGCUUCAACCUCCGACUUCCCCUCCGUCACCGCUUUCCGCUGCCUUGUAGCUGCUGCCAGCUUGCAAAGCUUGUGGAGCCUUUCUCUUGCCAUCAUUGAUAUAUAUGCGAUAUUAGUAAGGCGCAGCUUGCGAAAUUUCAGAGUUGUCAGCAUAUUUGCUAUGGGCGAUGGGAUCACUUCCACACUCAUAUUUUCUGCAGCUUGUGCAUCUGCUGGUAUCACAGUUCUCAUAGGAAAUGAUCUGAAUGAUUGUGCACAAAAUCAUUGCGCUAGAUUUGAGACAGCUACUGCAAUGGCUUUCAUGAGUUGGUUUGCUGUUUCACCAUCAUUUCUCCUGAAUUUCUGGACGCUUGCAUCCAAAUGAAGGAAUUCAAAGAGCUAUUGCCAGUUACUCCUAAUGAUGAUAACUCAAAGGAAACCGUGUGUACUUCUUUUGUAAGGAAACGAACAAACUUCCAGUUUGAUAUUUUAAGCAAAAAGGAAAAUUUUAGCCUCAAUAUAGAAGAAUUGUCAUAUCAUUCGAUCCCUUUUUGGGCACCAAAAUUAUGUAGGUGGUUUUUGGUUCGUGGAAUGAAGCUUGGAAUUGGAGAGAAUGCUCAUUCAUUGUUUGACAAAAAAUUGUAAGAUAAGCGCGCCAAAAUGUAGUUAUGACCAAUCCACAAGUAAACCUGUGGAAUAACCAUUCAAUUCCUAUUUCAUACAUUCCCUCGCAUUAACAAUUUCUCUCUAGUUUCUCUCAAUGAAAUAGCUUCUUUCUCAAAUCUCUCUUUA